GCGUUUGGGCGCAGCAGCGAUGGAGAAGUAUGAAAAAAUCAAAGUUGUCGGGAGAGGAGCUUUCGGGAUUGUUCACCUGUGCCGCAGGCGCAACGACGGAGCUUUCGUCAUCCUUAAGGAGAUCCCGGUGGAGCAGAUGUCACGGGAUGAACGCCUGGCAGCCCAGAAUGAGUGUCAGGUGCUGAAACUGCUCAACCAUCCAAAUAUCAUAGAGUACUAUGAGAACUUCCUAGAGGACAAGGCCCUCAUGAUAGCGAUGGAGUAUGCACCAGGUGGAACCCUGGCUGACUAUAUACAGAAGCGCUGUAAUUCCCUCCUGGACGAGGACACCAUUCUUCACUUUUUUGUGCAGAUCUUGCUUGCUCUGUAUCAUGUGCACAACAAACUAAUUCUGCACCGUGACCUCAAGACUCAGAACAUCCUUCUCGACAAGCACCAGAUGAUUGUCAAAAUCGGGGACUUCGGCAUCUCCAAAAUCCUCGUCAGCAAGAGCAAAGCUUACACUGUGGUUGGGACUCCUUGCUACAUCUCCCCAGAGCUGUGUGAGGGGAAGCCAUAUAACCAGAAGAGUGAUAUCUGGGCUUUGGGCUGUGUGUUGUACGAGCUGGCGAGCCUCAAGAGAGCCUUCGAAGCCGCUAAUCUUCCUGCCCUUGUUCUCAAGAUCAUGAGCGGUACCUUUGCUCCAAUCUCAGACCGCUACAGCCCAGAACUCCGACAGCUGAUCCUCAACAUGCUCAACCUGGAUCCAUCCAAACGGCCUCAGCUCAAUGAAAUAAUGGCUUUGCCUAUAUGCAUCAGGCCCUUGCUUAAUCUCUACACCGACAUAGGCAACGUGAAAAUGCGCAGGAUUGAGAAACCACUUUCUACUGUGCAGCUUGGUGCUCAAGGUAGAGCAGGAGGAAGGGUUCCUACCAACAGGUCCAGGGAUGGAUCAGUCGGUUUAGGAUCGGGAAAGAUGCAUCCCCUCCCACUGUCCUUGGUGUACACAUGGGGAAGCGGCAUUACAGCCCCACUCCGUCUGCCCAUGCUCAACACCGAAGUGCUUCAGGUGUCUCUUGGCCGUACUCAAAAGAUGGGAGUCACCAAGUCGGGCCGUCUGAUCACAUGGGAGGCUCCAUCGGUGGUGUCUGGUGAGGCCAGUCUUCCUGGUGUGGUGGAACAGAUGCAGCCGUUGUUCAUUUCUCGCUUCCUCGAGGGUCAGUCUGGAGUCACCAUUAAGUCUGUGUCCUGUGGCGAUCUCUUUACUACCUGCAUGACAGAUAGGGGCAUUAUCAUGACAUUUGGAAGCGGUAGCAAUGGCUGCCUGGGACAUGGCAACUUUAAUGAUGUAACUCAGCCCAAGAUUGUGGAGGCUCUCCUAGGGUAUGAGCUGAUACAGGUGUCCUGUGGAGCUUCCCACGUUCUAGCUGUGACCAAUGAAAGAGAAGUAUUUGCAUGGGGAAGAGGAGACAAUGGUCGCCUCGGGUUAGGCACCCAAGACACCCACAAUUCUCCACAGCAGGUGUGUUUACCCGAGGAAUUUGAGGCCCAGAAGGUGGUGUGUGGCGUCGACUGUUCCAUGAUUAUCAGCACCCACUGCAGGAUUGUGGCAUGUGGAAACAACAGGUUCAAUAAGCUUGGCUUGGAUAGGAUUACAGCAGGAGAGGAACCAAAUCCUGUAAAUCAAUUGGAAGAAGCUCAUUCUUAUACUCAAGUCCAAUCAGCACCACUCAGCACUGAGAAGAUUGUUUACGUUGACAUCGGAACGGCUCAUUCUGUUGCUGUUACAGAAGCGGGUCAGUGUUUUACCUUUGGCAGCAACCAGCAUGGUCAGAUGGGUUGCAGCUCACGGCGGAGCAGCCGUGUACCGUACCCGGUGCCCGGUCUGCAGAGCAUCACAAUGGCUGCCUGUGGCGACGCCUUCACCCUGGCUGUUGGAUCUGAAGGGGAGGUGUAUACGUGGGGAAAGGGGGCCCGCGGCCGCCUCGGAAGGAAAGAGGAGGAUUGUGGGAUACCGAAGGUGGUGCUGCUCGACGAGAGUCACCCAUUCACAGUGACAUCGGUGGCUUGCUGUCAUGGCAACACUCUGCUGGCAGUGAAACCUCUAUGUGAGGAACUUGUCCCAAGAUAAUUUUCUCCUAAAAACCCCUUCAGCUGUCUCCUGGAGCUGGACGGGGGUCUGCCGAGGAAGACGUCUUCUUCCCAGAGACCCAGCACCGCAACAGCUAAACAGUUUCCUUUUAUUCUGCAGCUGCAGCUUCAGAGUUUUUCCCUCGGUCCUGCUCGCCAUCUGGCCGAUCUUUCUUUUUCUUCAUGGACGAAUGUUUGUUUCAGUUGGUGGCCUGAUAACAGAGAGGGUCACAACCUGUGUGAGGCAGCAGGUGUGUCUCACCACAGGCUUGUUCAAGGAAUGUUGCAGCGCUGAUACUGAAGCUGGAUUACAAGCAGUCGUUAGACAGCUCUCAUGUGGGGAGCUAUUGUCCUCCCUCACGUGCAGCGUCCGCUCCAUAAACCAUGAAAAGAGCCUAAAAGUCAGACUGGUUUCAGCUGUUUUAAGAUACUGGUGAAUGAGUCAAGAAGAAUGAAGCCACUUGGGCGUUCAUCAGUCAGAUGACGUGAGCACAUUAAUCUUGAUCACACCGUCAGUGGUCACUUUGUGCUUUAUUGGAUUACUUUUACAAUACAGGAGUACUCAAACCAGAUUACAAGGGCUGUUGGAGGUCAAACUGACCUGUGGCGGAAGUCACUGCUUUCUGCAGAUUUAACAGUCAUCUGUUUACCCUGAUCUGAGCACAGCAUGACCUGCUAUCAAGAAAAAAAACACUGCUUUGGCUUCAUUGUACAAACUUUUGAGAAGCUGAAGAGAAAGGAUUUACUUAUUCAAAUAUAUUGUAUAAAUGAAGUGAUUGUAUAUUUGGCUGCAAAGGAAAUAAAUCACACCCACGGGUGACCAAUGCUCAGCAGUGAGGCCAGGAUGAAGAACACUGGGCUCUAUGGAUCAGAAGAUAUUUUAAGUAGAGUAAGUCUUUGUCUUCAUCAUCAGGACACAAUGAGCUUGAAACACUCGUCCUGUAUACACCCAAUAAAAACUGAUAAGAGGCAAACAGAAAGGAAGAAAAACAACCCCAAAGCCACAGCGGUGCGAUGAAUGUGCUUCUGUUUAUUGUGGCAUGCUUUAGGUAGUUUUAAUAAUAGAUUAUUACUCUGGCAACAACGUGUAGAAACUAUACAUUACAGGUAAAAGUGCAUCAGGUGAAAAAAUAAAUGCAUAAUGGAGACUAAGUUCAAAAAUGGAAAUAAAAUGCAAAGCUAAGAAUAAACACAUGACAGAGGUGUGAAAUCUCUGUAAUACGUGCAUAUUUUUCUGUUUUAAUUUGAAGUCACAUGACAUUUUGUUGCAAAAUACUCCCGAGAAGAUUGAUGUCCACAGGUGCAACAUAACACUGAUGCUCAUAAAAACAUGCAGCGCGAGCAAAACAAAGAGCUACACCUGUGUAAGUCGGCUUUGCUGAAUAUUGAGGUGGAAUCAGGUCUCCGAUCUUCUGUAUCAUCUUAAAGAAAUUAUAAUAAGAAAUAAGGACAUUUCUCAAUGACAGUAUUUCCUUCACAUCAUCUUCACUGCCCCCUGUAUCCCCACAUUAUGUUUUAUUUGAAACUGAGAUCAACAUUUGAUGUCCUUAUUAUAACCAGUGAUAUAAAUGUAUUUAUUCUUUGUUUUUUUAGCCUGUUUUCCAGAGUGGUAGGUUCAUCUCCUUCAU